ACGGAUCGCGGCAGCCCCAGACGUAGUUCUACAGUGCGUGCCAGUGUCCAUGUGAUGGGUGUACAAGGAGUGGAUACGUCCAACUUGAUACCUCCGGCUCACACCCAUGUACAAGUUACUGAACAAGACCCUAUAGGCUACUUAGUGGCUGUGGUACAACCUCCGGUGGUGGACACUGGACUGGUGUGGUUUACUAUUGUUGGCGGGGAUCCAAAAGCAGAGUUUGUUAUCGGCUCCGACUCAGGGAGUAUUCACCUAGCACGACAGUUGGACUAUGAAACACAAAAUUUCUACAACUUGACCAUAAGUUUGUCGGACAGUCGGCGAACAGUGCAUACACAGGUUACCAUUGAGGUGAUCGACAGUAACGAGUUCACACCAAAGUUCCCACAAUCACAGUACCAAGUAGAGGUCGGGGAGGAGGUUGCAGUCGGAACGUCUCUACUGAAGGUGAAAGCCUACGAUGAAGAUGCUUCCAGUCAGCUGGUCUACUCAAUUCACCAAGCCCGGAGCCUGACGAGUCUUCAGAUGUUUCAUCUUCAUCACUCCACAGGCGUGCUCACAGUGGCGUUACCACUUGAUAGAGAGACAAUCACAGAGCACGAGUUGAUUCUAUGUGUCUCGGACGGAGGACUGAGAGGCUUCACUCGUGUGAUUGUCAAAGUGACCGACACUAACGACCAUGCCCCCGUGUGGACGAGCGGAGUCGUGACUGCUGCUGCAUCUGAGAGUUCUCUCCCUGGCUCUAGAGUCGUCACUGUAGCAGCGACCGAUGCAGACCACGGCGAAAACGCUCGGAUCAGUUACUCCAUCGUGUCAGGUAACAUUGGCAACUUCUUUACUGUGGACCCAGUGCUGGGAGAUAUCCUCAUAGCUCGACAGUUAGACAUAGAAGCGACAUCAGAGUUCAACUUGAUGGUUCGGGCUGUAGAUGGUGGAGAGCCUCCGUUGGCAUCAACACUUCCUGUAUUCAUCACGGUCACUCAGUCCGAUCACGCUCCUCCUAGGUUCCAGAAUAUUCUCAGCGUUGUGGAAGUGCCUGAAGACACUCCUGUAGGAAGAGUUUUGUGGCAAGCCCAGGCCAGGUCUUCCCUUUCCAUCACUUACCAUAUUGUGGCUGGAAACUCACAAGAACAGUUCUUCAUCAACCCCAUCACUGGGGUGGUGACAAUCAAACAGAAGUUGGAUUACGAGAAAUGUGCUGAAUACAACUUGACAAUAUCUGCAACCAACCUGGCGGGAGUUCAGUCUCUAGCUUCGCUGCUGGUAGACGUAGAAGACUGCAAUGAUUUUCCCCCAGAGUUCUCAGCUACCGAGUACCGAGGCCAUAUUUCCGAGAAUGCUGUCCCUGGAUCUCCUGUAAUCUCCGACAUGGGAAAACCUCUAGUUCUGCGAGCCGAGGACAAAGACUCGACAUUGCUGCAGUACGAGAUACUCGAUAUCACUUCUCGUAGACUUUUCUUCAUCGACUCUUCAACAGGAGCGUUGAGGACACUACAGAGCCUGGACUAUGAGACUCUUCGAGACAUAAGUUUUCGAGUGGCAGUCAAAGACAGAGGUAUUCCUCCUUUGUGGGCCCGUGACAUCGCUACUGUCCUCGUCAAGAUAGACGAUGUGAAUGAUUGCCCACCAACCUUCACCAGUAAUGAGUACAGCAUCACACUUCUACUGCCUACCUACAGCAAUGUGACGAUCAUACAGGUGGCAGCGACUGAUAAAGACUCGUCUGAUGUUACAAAACUUGAGUAUUCUAUCGUCAGUGGUAACUACGAGAAUAUGUAUGAGAUGUCAACAUCUGGCGUUAUAUCUCUCAGAAAUAAGACAAGAGGGAGGCACAAAUCACCUCACAGACUCAAGAUCGCUGUUUCCGAUGGAGUGCACACAUCGUUUGCGUAUGUGAACAUACAUUGGAGGUGGGGAUCAGAGUCCUCACUGCACUUCUCCCAGCAAGUAUAUGAAGCCGCAGUGGUAGAGAACACCACGAAGGUAGUCACAGUCACAGUAGCCACCGUAGUCGGUGCAGAACUCAACGAAUAUAUCCUCUUCUCCAUCCUCAAUCCUUCGCCGUUGUUCCACAUAGGACUGACAUCUGGAGCCAUACGCACAACAGGAACACGGUUCGACCGAGAGGAAGAGGAUAUGUAUCAGCUGAUUGUUCAGGCCCGCAGUGAAGCCGAGAGUGAGGAAGUCCGAGUGGCCCAGACUCUAGUGACGGUGUCAGUGUUGGACAUUAACGACAAUUGCCCAGUGUUCCUCGGGGUGCCUUACUACGCCACCGUGCCUGUCGACUCUGCCAAGGGAGAUGUUAUCACAAAGGUUCACGCACUUGACCUGGACGCAGGAGAGAACGGAGAAGUUCGCUAUGAGUUGAUGAGAGGCCACGGAGAAUUGUUUCGUGUCAGCCGCAAAACUGGUGAAGUUGUGCUGAAACAAGCGCUCGAAUCACAAGUGAGGGAGUAUCAGCUCAGCAUUGCAGCGUAUGACGGAGGCAUGACUCCGUGUUCAACCGAGGUGUGGGUACAUCUCACCAUUGUGGAUCGUUCUCUCCCGCUGUUUGAGAAGCAGUUCUACUCUACCUCCGUAGCGGAGGAUGUCGCGCCUUACUCCGUCCUGCCACUAACUCUGCACACUCACACUCCCUAUGGCAUGAAGCUGUACUACACCAUCGUAGCGGGCAACGAGUACGAGAUGUUCUCUAUCGACUUUAACUCUGGCGUGCUGAGAGUCAUUGACCAGCUGGACUUCGAGGAUGCUCAACAACACAGUUUGACAGUGAGAGCGACCGAUCUUCACUCUGGCGUCUCGGCGGAGACUCUGAUCAAAGUGAAGGUGAUUGACGUCAACGACUGCUUCCCAGAGUUCCCUGUCAACAUGUACCACAAAACGGUGUCAGAGUCUGAGGCCGCUGGCUCGUUUGUCAUCAAGAUCACAGCUCUUGAUAAGGACACAGGUGUCGGAGGAGUUGUAAGGUAUUCACUUCGCAACACCAGUGAAGCGGAACCGUUCAUUGUGGAGCCAGAGGAUGGAUCUAUUUUUCUCCGCAAGAGCCUCGACCGUGAACUGUGGAGUGAACAUCGUCUAGAGGUUAUUGCUACGGACACUGGAGUACCGAAUCUCUCUACAUCCGUGAACGUUCUAGUCACAGUGGAUGAUUCCAAUGACAAUCCGCCGCAGUUCAUCCGCUCUAUCUUCGUGGCUCAGCUAUCCUCGGAGAUUGUGAGAGGUCAGUUCGUUGGUCGAGUGUUGGCCGUAGACCCGGACUUGGACAAGCUGCAGUACAACCUAGUGUCAAGAAGCCUUCACCACACCUUUGUCAUGGAUCCUGAAACAGGCAUAUUGAGGGUGAUGAAGCUACACAGAUUCCCUAGUGGUGUACCAUUGGAACUGAACGUUUCUGUGAGUGACGGAGUCCACACAAGUUAUUGCACGAUGGUAAUAGAACUGCUAGUGGCCGACCAUCGUCCUCCUGUGUUCCAGUCAGACCAUUACGAGGUAACACUGCCAGAAAACAUGCCAGAGCCAAGUUUCUUGCUGUUGGUCACCGCCGAAGAUCAUCACGCUGGGACGGAGCGAGAGAUAGAAACCCAAAGCGAACUCACAUAUUCUCUGCCCUCAGAGAAAUAUACAGAGUUUGUCAGUAUUGAUCCUUACACAGGUAUGCUGAGGAGCCGUCAACCUCUGGAUCGUGAGACUUGUGCGUUUUAUGACAUUCUUGUGAUGGCUACGGACGACACUGGGAAUUCUGGAUUCACCUCUGUUAGACUCGCCAUUUCCGAUGUUAACGACAAUCCACCAAUGUUUACUCUGAAGCGUUACACUGUCUGCGUCCCUAGUAACCUUACCACCGACUCUUCCUUUCUUAAGGUGAGAGCCAUGGACCCAGACCAAGGCCCUGCAGCCCAAAUAGUUUACACAAUACAUAGAGAUCUUCAGAAGAUAUUCUCCAUCCACCCGGUCAGCGGAGCUCUCUACCUUCGUCAGUCUGCUUUUACGUUAGAAGGCCGUUUGUUUGAGUUUACGGUACGAGCGACAGAUAAAGGCAGUCCACCACUUCACGCAGAUGUUCCCGUCAGUGUAUACAUAAUGGAGUCCUCAGACGAACCUCCUAUCUUUCAGCGGACUGACGAGGCCUUCGUUGUAGCUGAAAACGCAAGAAUAGGCCACAACAUUACACACCUAGUACUCAGCUCCGCAGGAUUGGUUGACUUCCAGCUACUAGACUCAGAUUCACCCUUUUCCGUUACUGACUCAGGAGUCGUUUACCUUUCUUCUCCGCUGGACCGAGAGCGAACCUCUCACUACUCUGUCGGGGUUAUAGCUCAGUCUCAAGAAAACCCUCGCCUACACAUGUUAACCUCCCUUAGUGUAACCGUUCUGGAUGUAAACGACAACCAGCCUGUCUUUCACUCGAGGAAGUACCACGCCACACUCGCGGAGGACGUCGCAAUCGGAACUUCUGUAAUACAGGUGGAAGCAGACGACGCAGACGAAGGAAAGAACAGUGAGAUCUACUACUUGGUGGAAGGAGGAGACGGGUUGUUGACCAUAGAUACAUUCACUGGAUGGGUCACAACUGCAGAAUCGUUGGAUAGAGAGGUGUCUCCAUCACUCAAAAUCACCAUCGUAGCAUUGGACAAUGGCUCACCUUCACUCAACAGCUCUGUGACACUAGUUGUGGACCUUGUAGAUUGCAAUGACAACCCUCCGGAAUUCUCACAGGACGUGUACAGAGUCUCAGUGAGUGAAGAUCUAGAAGAAGGGAGUGAAGUAGUGAGACUUGGUGUCUCUGAUCAGGAUACGAAUUCUCAUCUGAAGCUUCACAUAACCGAGGGAGAUCCAGACAUGAGAUUGGCAAUGGAUGACUCUCAGCCUGGAGUUAUGUAUCUGAGGCGAAAACUGGACAGAGAGUUCAAAGACUCUUAUACACUCACUGUUGUCGCUACAGACUCAAAGUAUAUCUCCUCUACUACAGUCAUCAUCACUGUUCUUGAUGUCAACGAUGAGAGAACCCAGUGUGUUCAAAGUCGAUACUUUUUAAGUAUCGCAGAAAACGUUGUUCCUGGUACAUUUGUGAUGACAACAGCUGUGGAAGAUCGUGAUACUAUUCCAAAUGUCACAUUCCACCUCAUCGGUGAUAAUGCCGACCACUUUUAUCUUCACAAAGAUAAAGGAGAGCUCAAGACUAGCAAGCAGUUGGACAGGGAGACUGUACCACAGUACUGGCUGCAAGUGUUGGUGCAAGAUGUUCAUGUACCAGAGUGGACUUGUGUGUCCCAUCUACACAUAACACUCAACGACAUCAAUGACAACGCUCCAAUGUUCCAUACGGGAGGUCAACAAGUAGCAGUCAGUGAAGACUCUGGCACAGGCACUUUUGUCACCAAGAUGACUGCUCUUGAUCCUGAUAAAGGGGUUAACCGCAAGACUCGCUACUAUUUAGUCAACUCUGGCGAGAGCCACUUUGAAGUGGAGAAGGACACAGCUAUUGUGCGUCUAGCGAAGCCACUAGAUCGGGAAGUACAGUCGAUGUUUACGUUGAUCAUCAAGGUUGUGGAUUCUGGCAUGCCGCAAUUGUGGACUCUGACGACUCUUCAGGUAAUGGUUCUCGAUGUUAACGACAACCCGCCAGAGUUUGUAUCCCGAGCGUAUGUUGUCGCUGUAGCCGAGAACGCAUCACUUGCAACGGAAGUGAUUAAAGUGGAAGCGCUUUCCAAAGACACCGGAGUCAACGCUCAGGUCAUUUACACUAUCAUCGAAGGGAAUCAACAUGGUCGCUUCAACCUGCAUCCAGUCACAGGAGUUAUAUCCGUGGCCCAAGCCUUAGACUACGAGCACACCAGAUCGUAUUUACUGUCCGUGCUAGCGACAGAUCAAGGAGUUCCUCCAUUGAGCAGCCAAACUGUGGUCAACAUCACCGUACUAGACACCAACGACAACCAGCCGACCUUCUCACAAAACUCAUACUCCGUUCAGAUACAGGAGGAUAUAGACAUCGGGGAAAUCAUUCUUAAGGUAGAAGCUACGGAUGCUGACAGUGGAGCCAAUGCUCGCGUGGGAUACAAACUUGAGGCCGGAGAUCCCCAUCGUCAGUUUAGCCUAGAUUUCACCACUGGAGAGCUCACAGUAGCCAAGACUCUGGACCGAGAAACUAUAUCAUCGUACAUAUUGACAGUUCGAGCUGUCGACAGCGGCGUUCCUCCUCUCAGCUCGACUGUGGUGGUUGGCGUGUUGAUAUUGGACGUCAACGACAACACACCGUCUUUCAGUAACGACAACUACACCUUCUUUGUACAGGAGGACAAGAUGGCUGGCUGGCCAGUAGGGCAGUUGGUGGUCUCUGACUCUGAUGCGUUUCCCAACGGAGCUCCGUUCACAUACACCAUAAUCUCCGGAAACCCCGACCAAGAGUUCCGUGUUCACUCUGACGGAACUUUAUAUACAGCUGCAAGACUCAACACUCGAUUGCGGACUGUUUAUUAUCUCCAAGUACGAGCAACUGAUAGUGGCUUUCCUCCCCUACACAAGGACACUUGGGUUACUGUUAAGGUAAUUGAAGAGUCACGCUUCCCUCCGGAAUUGUCUCCGCUGGAAGUGUUCAUCAUUGUCUACCAGGAGCGUUGGCCGGGCGGAGAGAUCGGUCACAUCAAAGCCUCGGACAAGGACCCGUACGACAUGUUGGUGUUUGGUUUGCAAACCACCGAGGACUUGUUUGCUAUCGAGCCUCGUCAAGGUGUUAUUUCUGUUGGGCCGCACCUCACGGCUGGUAGAUACAGACUCAACGUCUCCGCUACCGACGGAAAGUUUACAGUUCACACAACAGUGACUGUAAUCGCUGUGCCACUUUGGGACGACAUGUUGCAGAAUAGUGUCAGCAUCAGAUUGCGCAGUAUGACAGCUCAUCACUUUGUGCUUCGCCAAUGGAAGAGCUUGGUCCAGCUGCUGGAGACGGCUCUCAUGAGACAAGUAACUCUCACGAGUAUACAAGCUGUUUCUCACGGAGACCUUGAUGUAUUACUCACCAUUGCUGGGGGUGUCGAGUUGGGAACACUAAACGACGCUUUACAAUCAGCCGGGCUCAGUGGUGCUAACUGGACCUGCGACUGUCUCAAUGGAGCCCUCUGCAGACAAAAGCUUCAAAUACAACGAGAUCUCGUAUUCACCGUGUCCACCGACUAUGUCAGUUUUGUGUGUCCGGGCCAUUUACAUCAGCUUUAUUGUGCUUGCAAUCUUGGAUACGCAGGUGAACGCUGUGAGCAGAUACUCAAUGACAGCGAGUGUAGAUGCCCUUCUCUGCAGAUAUGUGUACCUCCGACAUACGUUUGUGGUCCCCUGGCUUGUCCUCCGGCACAAUCUUGUCCUCCGGCCACGUCUGUAACAUCAAGUCUCACUUGGGAGUUGGUGAUUGCUGUCAUCGUAGCAAUCGCCAUCAUCUCCGGUUUAGUACUGGUCUUCAUUCUCUAUAGGCGUUGUAACAGAGUCAGCCCUGGAAACAGAAUUGACAAGUCUGGAUUGAACCACAUCAUUAAACGAACUUCAAAGUUGAGCAACCUUCAAGUAACUCAGCCUUCACGACCAACCUCGUACACAUGCAGCUCCAACAAUGAGCUGUUUUCUGCCGUCGCUUUAAACAACGUGGAGGAUAAUGUUCCGCCAGACUACAGACGGAAUCUCAUGAGUCCUCACCACAAGAUCAACAACGAUUUAAAACAAACAGCUGACAUUCCAUUACAUCAGCUGGUGUCUGGGGAUGAAGACACAAGGACUGGAGGAUACUUAUGGGACUGCUCUGAUUGUCUUCAAAACAAUGAUACAUAUCAAAGCAAUCGAGCAGAAGUGCCAGACUCGUCAAGCUACCAAAGCAAUCACAGCAAUCAUAGUAACCAUAGCAACCACAGUAACCAUAGUAACGUCAGUAACUAUAGCAGUAACAGCAAAGAGAAUAUUCAAAAUGGAGAUCCAGCCAGAGAUUUGGCAACGCUGGACACAAAACUGAGCCGAGAGAGUCAAGUGAUUCCAUACGGUUUCCCAAGCACUCUGGAUAACGUUUCAUAGCCCACCUUAACGCUUCAAACCUGCAUCUGCCUCGUACUAGAAGACUGAACCACUGUUAAUUGUACAAACUAUUUUCACCUCUAAAACGUAUUUUAUUACUUAGCAAAAACGAUGGUGCCCCCUGGGUGAGUGCUUAUCAAUUUUGGGAUCAUCCCCGGAUUGACCCCGAAUACAGCUCACAUUCAAAGUUAUAUUCAAUUGUCAACAGUGUCUUCCUUUUCGCACCAAUCAACAGAAUGAUAUACAUUAUACUAAGUAAACUUAUAAAAAAGAAUACUUCUUGAUCUGGUCGAUGAUGUUUAUAGUUGGGAUUUAAAUGGGAGCAAGAUUUAAUUAAGAUUUUUCUAUCAGUAUAUUUUUAAUGUAUGUGUUUGUAAAAUGUAACUUAUUCUAAAUAUCGGACAGAAUACUAUAAAAUGUGUAUAACCUUUAAAAUUUCCUGUCAUUACAUAGGACUUAAGAUGGGUUUCUGUUAAUUCUAUUGGUUCUGUGAGCCUUGAUCCUGAAUAUUAAAUAAAAUUGAUCAAAUGAGGAAAGUAUGCUUCUAGCAGAGUGUCUAAAAUAGCAAUAUGUUUUUAAAUUUAUUGUUUCAAGAAGACAGUAUUACAUAUUACAUUUGUCAUUAGCCAUUUAAUGAAAAGACUCUUCAUUCAACUUAAAAUGUAUAAAUUUAUAUUUUUUGACAAUAGACAAUUAAUUUUUAUUCACACAUUCAUUUUGUUAUGUCUUAUCUUUCUGAGACUGUAAUCAAGUGAAACUUUUGUUUCCUUUCCUCCCUAAACAUACUGUGAAACAAUUUAAUCUAAAGAAUUAAGUAAGCCAAACAAUUUCAAAGAAUCAUUUUAGAUAGUGGCUAGUGAAAAUGUGAAAACCAGAUUUUAAUGUGGAUUAAGCUGGAUGAAAGUUUAU